CUCACCUUGGCUGUGUUCCUGUCCCUUGAAGAGCUCCCAGCAUUUGACAGUCUUGGAAAGCUCGAGCGGCUAUUGAUCACAUGCUCGCCGAUGCUCGACAGCUUACCCGAUCUAGGACCGAUUCGCAGCACAAUCCAGUCUUUUACUAUCACGGAUCGAGGAACGUGGUGCUGCAACGGGUUUCUAGACGAAUGCAACUUGGAAGAUCCGAUGUGCGGCGUCCACCCGCUGUGGGGGACUCCCGCCGCUACGUGCCUUGCAACCAGUCGAACGGACAAAGUUGCAACCUCACCUACGAGGGAGAUCAUAGCAACAUUUCCAGACACGACGUGCUACAACUUGUUGCAUCCUGGCUCACUUGAAGGCCCGCCAACGGAGGCUUCGAUGGCUCCGUGCAAUGGCACACUCUACCGUCAGUGCUCUGACCCCAGUGGAGCUGAGUCGAUGUGCUACAACGCUCGGUACAUGGGCAUCGCCUGUGAUACAAACCCGUUCCCGAUCGAAAUGCGACGCCAACAGAUCGCAAAGGGUGUCGGAGACCCAUGCAACCCGGAGUACGAAGCUUGGCUGGGCUGCAAGUGA